AUGCGUACCGCUGCCUUCAUCGCCACUUGGUUCUUUGCUGCGAGCGCUGCAGCUCAGUCGAUCUACUGCUGCACCUCCAACGAGAAUGACCAAGUUGUGCCUGAGACAGAUGAGACCGCUGUUUGCUGCCAGAGCUCUGGAGGCCAACUCCAAGGUUAG